AUGAAAGUAUCGCUCAAGACAACUACAUUCCCUCACGAUCUUCAUCAUACGAGUUCACACCCUCAGUUAAAUAUCUUCAUACUCACAGCUCGUACUAAUCUCUCCUCCCCCCCCCCCUCUCCCUCAUCUCCUCCAUCUCUCCGUCUCUAUCUCUCCGUCAGUAGCGACACAGAGAGCGCGGCCGGAGCUCGCGGCCGGCUGGCGGCGCUCACAGCUCGCGUGAGGGCCGCGCUGCCCAAGAAGAACGAGAAGCACAACGAACAGGCAGCCGAGGAGGCGUCUGAAGAAAAGAAAGGCGUUGUGUACGCUGAACUAGCGCUCGGGGAACAAGCGGGGGACAGACCGCCGCCGCCCGCUACAGAAUACGCGGAGAUAGUGUACACACAGGAACAGGAGAAGGAGGGGGAGAAGUAG